UUCACAAGCGCCAUCGUCCAUGAAGACAACAUGCGUGCGACCCAAAAGCUCGGCGCCGACGGUCGACGUGCUGCCACCUGUGUUUGGCGUGCGCUGGAAUUGGCGCGCGGUCGCCGUUAGCGUCGUUAUGGCAGUCAACGUGGCCACCAUGCCGCUGGUGAGCUACUUGUCCGAGCCACUGCCGUGGGCCCACGACACGAACGCGACGGCACUCGUGUCGCGCUGUGCAGUCAACGUCUCGAUGUGCACCUCGGAUGCGCUGCGCUUCUUUCAAGCCCAUGCCUCGGUGGUGUCGAACCGCAAUCGCUAUUACCACAGCCAAGACCUCGACAUGCUCCAGACUUCACUGCGACUGCCGCUUGAGAAUGAGACGUCUGCUAGCUGGGUAGACUCCCUGCCCUACUCCUUUUACUUCUCGCUCGACCAAGUGCGCUGGGCCACACUUGUCGCGCAUGGGGAAUUGAACGCGACGGGCAACGUUGCCGUUUCGCGCUGCCUCGGACUGCCGGUGCUGCUGUCCGUGCUGUGGCUCUCGAGGAAAGACGGCGAUUAUUCGGACAAAGCAAAUAUCUACUUCGGGUACCAAAUCGCACCGCACGCGCAAGUUGCCGCGUACGUCAAGUGCGUUGGUCGCGUCUGCUUUGCCGUCUACAUACUCUACUACAUGUGGCGCCACUACUACCGCCACUACCAGCACUUGCUCCAGAGCUUGCAUCAGUACGGUCUGUACAAGGCGCGGCCUGGCACGGUUUUUGAGAUUAUUGUUGGAGAUCCCACCAGUGUGAUUUUACUCCACCCGAUCGUUCCCCUCUUCUUUGCCAUUGACGUCGCCUCGAGUCCCAACUACCUCGCUUCUGCCUCGGUUCGCGUGGUCCAGGUCGCGAAUGCGCAGGCAUUUUGCCUAGGGUGCCUCUACCUCUCGCGCACCGUCUUGUUUGCGUACGGAGUCAUCUUGCUCGCGUCAGCGGGCGCCAAAGCCCUGAAACGAGAGCACUGGUUCACAACGGACGUAGAUCCGACGCUCGUGGCAGUCGUGGUGGUGCUCAUUGCAGGUCCGUUGACGCUUCUCUUGGCGCAAAUUCCGCCGCUUAUGACCUGCUUUCACUACCUCUUUGCCUCGACAACCGACGACGCGCAGGCCACCGAGAUGGUCUACGCGCUGCUUUUGUAUGCACUCAUCAUUGGCAGCGUGCCCGUGCUCUUGAUUGUCGCUUCCAAGUGCCGUCGUGCCUCCCAAAAAACACACAAGGUUGUCGCCCCAGCACCGUCCAAACGGACGCGGCGGACGGCGCUUCGAGAGGGUUGGGACCUCAAGCAACGCCUCUCGAUGCACUUUGUCUAUCAGGGCCUGCCAACCGGCGCAGUGCUUCAACCGGUCGGCGGCAGCGUCUACGAGCUCUUUGCCCGGCAUCAAUGCUGCCGAAAACACCUCGGCAUGAGCCUCCGGGGCGAAGACUGCUACGUGCUGUACGAAGAAGCGCCUGGUCGAGUGAUAGAGGUGCGUCUCAGCUUGCUCUCGAGCCUCGACACGCGCUUCCUUGCGCAGCUGCAACGCGCCAACACCGGCGGGAUCGGGUCGGUGGCGACCUUCCCGACUCCUUUUUGCAUACCCAGCUUUCGCCGAUGA